GUUUGAGAUCUUGUUGUGGUUGGAACCUCUGCUCAUUCUACGUUCGUCUGACGAUUUCUGCCAGAGUAGUUGUUUUGUUGUGGCUAUCGUUGUUGUUGUUGCUGUUGUUGCUGCUGCUGCCGCUGCUGCUACCAAAAAGCGGGUGGAAGAGAUUUUCAUGCAGAGUACCGCGCGGAGCAUCUCAGCCCGAAUCGCGGAAGCAGGAGCCAAUAAUCGUAGCAAUCUGUGAUCGGUCAGUACUACGCGGCGAACCCGGCCUACUCGAUGUGUGUAAUUUGGUUACGAAAAUAACAGCACCGCGGUAUUGUGAUUUGUGUCCAAAUUUGUACCCACAAACAAAUAGAGUAGCCGAGCCGGAUUGGAGUGGUCUAUUGAUUCGGAAAGUGUCCAAAAAAAGUGUCUCUGCGAGAAGAAGUGCGUGGUGUGAAAAUUAGAAAGGUUCCGUCGAAAUCGAAGAUCGUUAUUCUUCGUUAUUGCGAUCUCGUCAAAGAGAUCAAAAAGUGUGAAACCUGAUGCAACUGAUCAUUGGUUAGGCAAUCGUAGUAGCAACUGAGUGGUGUUGGAGUGUUAAAUUUUUUUGGGUUAUUUAGCUGAAGUCGGUACCAGUUGGCAGUAAUCAAAUGUGCCAGUAACCCGCAAUCGGCGCAAAAUGAAGAUAAGUAAAGCAAAGAAGCUGUCGUUGCGUGUCGUGAUCAUCGCGACGACGCUGGUAGUGCUACUGGGACCGGUUGCCGAGGCUCACGUUGCCCUCACGUUUCCACCGGCGCGAAAGUAUGACCUGGAUUUCCUGGACAAUUCACGCACCAAAGCGCCCUGUGGGAUGCCGAAAGGUUCAUUGAAAACGUCGUUCCUGGCCGGAAGCACUUUCAACGUCUCGUGGCAUCUGGCUUACCCGCACCAGGGUGGCUUCCGACUUGAGGUGCUCGAUCAGAAGGAGAAACCCAUCAUGAACCUGACGCCAAUCGUUAAGGGAAAGCCAUUCCUUAGCGAGGAUGUGACGGCUCAACAGUUCCAGGUAUCGCUGCCGAAGGACUUCACCUGUCCGGAUUGUACGAUACGGUUAACACGGCAAGCGGGCGAAUGGGGCAGUAACUACCUGUUCUGGUCCUGUGCCGACGUGGACAUUGUUCAUAGGAAGGAAUACCAUGAAACCUGCUCUGGACAUGGAAAGUCCUUUGCACGAUGCAAGUGCGAGAAGAAGUACCACGGUAGUCGAUGCGAAUUUUGGGAUGAAUGCGUCACAAAUCAGGACUGCGGUGUCCAGGGAACCUGCGUGGAUCUGGGAGGAACAUCGAUGCCUCGUAAGCAGUGCUACUGCCGGCUGGGUUGGUUCGGACCAGGCUGCAACAAAAAAUCGCCAAUCAAAUCCACGGACAUCGAUUACUCACUGUACAAGUUGAAGAAUUUAUCACCCGAUCUGAACGUGUACUGGCGUGUGCUGAAGGAGCAGAGUGAAAUUGAGGUGGUGAUGAAGGUGAACGGAUCCUCGUGGGUUGGUUUGGGAUGGCGUCCGAGGAAAUUGACGGCUGAAUGUAAGAACUUCCCGCUGAUUGUAGGCGAAGCUGGCUCAGCAAAACCGGAACCGGGUGCAGAGCCUGAACCGGGAGCGGAACCAACUGCUGAACCAGAACCAGGUGCUGAACCGGAGCCUGGAAGUGAACCAGAACCGGAGGCUUCUUCGGAACCAACUGCAGAACCAGGUGCUCACCCGGAACCUGAACCGGAGAGCUCAUCGGAACCGGAACCGGAACCCAAGUCGCCGAAGGCUGAACCGGAACCCGAACCAGCUGCAUCUGAACCGGAACCGGAGGUUGCUUCGGAACCAGAACCAGAGAGCACCUCAGAACCAGAACCAUCUGCAGAGGGUAAGGCAGAACCUAGUGCCGAGCCGAAGGCGGAACCCAAAUCCAGCAAAAAGAGCAAACGUGCUACUCAAGAUUCUCACCCGCCAUCGAGUGAACCAGAACCGGAAUCGUCCCCGAAAGCAGAACCGGAACCCAAAUCCGAACCCGCCUCAGAACCGGAACCAAAAGCGGAAACCACAGCCAAACCAAAACUAGCCGCCCAGAAGAAAGCCAAUCCAUGGACCCCACGGCACGACUUCAACCCCAUGGACUGUACGGACAUUGUGAUAGGAACGGCCCGGGAGGAAAACCAUCGCGUCUGGGAUUACUACACCCGAGACCGCUCGACACCACGGUUGGACACCUUCUGGGGUGGCAAAUCGGAUCUCACCGCUACGGGAGGUUUCGAAAUCGACGGCGUAACGACGAUCGUGUUCCGUAGAAAGCUGCAAGCCAAUGAACCGACUGAUCAUUCGUUCGUGGACGAUCUGAUGCACGUGAUCUGGGCCAAGGGUCAGGAACCGGGAGCGUACGUGCAUGUGCCACCGUCCGGACUGGAGAAGGACAUGGCUAGCGUGAAGGACUUUUACAUGCCCGAUGAACUGAAGUACCACGGUCACCGGAUGCAACGUGGAGUUACGCAGAUCAAUUUUUUGGAGGGGAAGAAACUGGAACCGAUUAAAUCUGCCAACGGAUCAACGAUAAUGUCAGCAGACGGAGUCAUCGUUCCGUCCGGUCCCAAGAGCCAUGAGUUGGAGGAUGAAUGCCAAGGUUUCUGGAAGUUCCCCAGGGAUUGUGAGCAGGACAAGCACAACUGUGAAUACUACGCCAGUUGGCAGGUCACCGGAAAAGGAGAAUCCAUGCAUUUCCACAUUGAGACCAACAAUACUGGAACGUGGACGGGAAUCGGCUUCAGCAAGGACCAGAAGAUGUCCCAGACUGACUCCAUCAUCGGAUGGGUUGACUUAAAUGGGAGACCAUUCCUGAUGGACACCUGGAUCAAUGGAUACUCGCCACCAAAGCUGGACGUUGGUCAGGACCUGUUCAACGCAUCGGGAAAAAUCCAGGACGGUAUGACCAUCUUGGACUUUAGCAGGAAGCGUGACACCAUGGAUGAGGGUGAUUUGGCCUUCACGGAUGAUCAGUGCUUGUAUUUGAUGUUCCCUCUGAAUGGAGGAAUGUUCAACCCGGUCAAUAAGAAGAUCCGCAAGCACGAGUCCACUCCAGUGGUGACGGACAGCCGAGUUUGCAUCAAGUCGUGCCCAAAGUUGUUCGAAUAUCUUUUCAAUCCAGCUGUCACCCCGGCUCCGGAUCGCAUUGCCUACAGAGCGUCGAUCAUGCUGACGAACUUGGCUUCCGGAUUCGUGGUUCCAGAAUCCGGAACACCAGAGUACAAUGACCUGUCGAAGUCCGUUACGGAAACGUUCAACGGUAUGCUCAAGGGCGUUGGAGGGUUCCACAAGACCGAUGUUGUGAAUUUCGAGAAGAACGUCAACGGAGUUGUGGUCAAUAUGAAUAUUCUUCUGAACAAGGACGGUAUCGAGAGCAACUUGGUGGAUGAUCCGGCGAAGCUUGAACAAACCAUCCAACAUCUGAUUCAGAACAAUUUGUCCUCCGGCAAGGUUGGUGCUCUGUCGGUAGAUCCGGAUUUCCUGGAAUUCGAAGCCUUGGAAUACAAGCAACCAAUCAAAACCGAACCGUCGUUCUUCGAGCGCGCUGGAACCAGACUGUACACGAUCUUGGGUUGUAUCGCUGCACUGGUGUUCAUUGCCAUCGUACAGGCCAGCUGUACCAUCUACAAAACCAGAACGACAAAGCGCAUGAAGGAACAACUUAUCCCUAAUUCCGCCUGGAAGGACUAUUCCUCGAACACAAACUAUGCAUUCGAUAACUUCGAGGGUGACGUGAAGGGCGGCCAUCAAGGUAAGCACCGGUCGGACCGGAGCUAUAGCAACGGUAACAGCCAGCAGACGACACUGCAGAUGUCGCACUCGCCGAACAAGUCGCAGUACUACGAGAUCGAUCGGACCGAUGGAAUGCACCGCAGCAACGGCGAUCACAGAAAUGGUUCAAUGCACCCCCGCGCAGCACACGACCGUAGCGGCGGUGAACGGUCCUCGUACGCCGAGCGAGCCUACUCGUUACCCCGCCCGAUGCACCAACAGCAACAACAGCAGCAGCAACAACAACAGCAGCAGCAGCAACACCAUCAGCCGCAAAUGCAACGACCCAGUGGUUCCGAGUACUACACCCAGGACCGUCGAAGCAAAUCCAGGUCCAGCCAGAACCCAUCCUCCGGCAAUGGGGGUGCUGCUCACUACGCCGCCAGUUCGGUGACCAAUGGCAACGGAAUGCACUACCAACAGGCCAACCUCCAUCAGAACAACGGUGGGGGAAACGGCAGUAGUGGCCACCGCAUGCCCGAAUCGUCGGAUCUGUACUUCACCCCAACGCAGCGAAAGUACUCCGGCGAGGUGGUGAGGGUGUUUGUUGAUUACAACAAGGAUAAGAAGUAAGCAGAAACGCACGAUGUCGGGUGGUAGAAGGGCACUUGCGUGACUUUGACUCGCUGCAAGUGCAUCUGCCGAUGAUCAUAAUGCGGACAUGCAAUGCCAGCUAAAUGGAAGCGAAAGAAAGUAAACAACCACCGUACCGCAAGCCAGAUAACAGUAAUUUUUAUUUCUUCCACACUUAAUUAUGAAUCAUUUUUUGUUUGUUUGUUUGUUUUUCCCACCCUUCAGUUGAGCAAAAAAAAAAAAAAACAGACGAUUUCAUUUGACUCUUAAUUUAUUAUUUUUUAAAAGCUCUAACUCCUCCUCCACUCUGUUCCACACACAAAUCAGGGAGCUGAAGUCACAACAACGAAACAUAUGCACAGUUUUGUAGGUGAAUGUUAAACCGUAAGAAUGAUGUAAGAAAAUCUAGAUUUUUUUUUAACCUUAAAGGACAGCAAAGUUCAACCUUCACUCGGAUCUACGAAUUUUCGGUUGAACGUGUGUAAAAUAUGGUUUUAUACAUUUGUUAUGUUACUCAAUUGUAAGUUUUAGUCAGCCAUUAUCUUCUAAUCGCGGGUAGAUCCGUUACGUACACGGUCAAUAGUUGAAACGAUUAGUUCUAAUCACACAAUGCGAGAACACAUCUAUUUCUGUAUAAUGUUAGCAACUAGGAAGAAGUAGACAUAAAUAUCGGAAUGUAAUGAUAGAGAACUAGGGACUAAUUCUGGAUACUCAAAGUUUUACUUAGAUUUACUUUGACUAACCAAAAUUGAUCUUCGGUUCAAUAGUAAUGAUGCAAUUUAAAUAUAAUAUAAUGUGAAUAUAUUACGGAAAUUUUAGCAACUCAACUGAGUUGUUUU